AUGCCCGAAGAGGUCUUCAAGGCUCUAACAGAUCUGCGCCGUUCCGUUGACACAGAAGUUUUCGACCUCGUAGUCUACGAUAGGUUCAGGACCACGUUAUCCUUCCUCAAAGUGGCGUGGGAUCGCGGUAACACCUGGGACAAGCGGCACCUUAACGGGCCCAUAAAGGAUGAUCCAUUGGGAAGAUACUUCCGCCGGAUUUUCCUACCACGACUGCUCCACAUGAUGCAGAACUUGGCCGAUGAAGCUGUCGGUUGCUUGGACAUAGCAGUCGACUGGUAUACGACCACGAAAACGGAGUUGUUACACAGGGACGAAAAGUUCUUCGGUUGUUCUGCUAAUCAGGAGCUCGAUAAUUUCUUGCUUCGAACAUUCUACGGCUGGAAAAAAAGAAAGACCCCCACACAUGGCGAGGAAUUCUAUUGCAAGCUUAUACUAUUUGUCGGGGCCGCUGAAGCAUGUAGAGAUAUCCGAGAAUGGGCAAGAGACAUGCUUGCUUGUCCUAUUCAUCAUGAGUGGGAAGUCCUCGACGAGAACUACGACAGAUGGGAUGGGUUCGACAGAGACGGCUGCGUCCAGUCCGACUUCGUGGCAGCCUACAACAUCUUUGAACGCCAGGCUUAUGCCGAAAUCAAAAGAAACGUGUAUCACAUCGUAGGACUCAGGUUGCCGAGAGAGCUUACAGACAUGGUGUUUGACUAUGCGCUUAUAGUCGAGGACAUACCCAAGGAUCUCACGACGUAUAAUGACUUUGAACCUGAUUUCGAAGUAUGCGGAGGAGAUCAGUAUGUACAAAUGUCUAUUCGGCAAAACAGCUGCCCUCGCUAUCGCUAA